GUGGUCUUUGUUUCUCGUCCAACAACACAAAAAUGAAUUCAAAUGAACCAUAGUGAAAGGGUCUAUGGAAAAAGCUAAAAAGACUAACAGAAUUCCACUAAACAUUUUUUAAAAAAUACAUUCAAUUUGUUUUAUAAUAUAUAUAUACACACACACAACGAAAGCUAAAGGAAAUUGGAUAGGGAUAACCCAAAUUUCACUAUAAAUACUUCAAAAACACUGCCCCAUUUCAAUGCAUCUCCACAUCUUCUAAUUCUUUCCUCUUUCCUCUUUCUUCAAUAACAUCCUUAAAGCUUGUGUGUGUGUGCUGCUCUUUUAUCAUGGCUCUCUCUUCUUUCUCUUCUGUUUUUGCUUUCGUAAUAACUUUGCUUCUCAUGCAAAGGCUUUUCGAGAGUGCCACGUGUAACGAUUGUUUCACACGCUCUCGAGCUGCUCAUUACCCUAACUCGGAGGAGCAAGGAACCGAUCAUGGAGCAUGUGGGUAUGGAACUUUCGGAGCAACGAUUAACGACGGAGAUGUUGCAACUGCCUCUGAUCUUUACAGAAAUGGCCUUGGUUGUGGAGCUUGUUAUCAGAUAAGGUGCAUAGACAGUGAAUUGUGCUCCGAGAAAGGAACAAUGGUGGUGAUAACAGAUCAAGGCUCAGGUCCUGGCGAUUUUAUUAUGAGCCGAAGAGCCUAUGCUGGGUUGGCUCAAACCCCUUAUGCCGCUGUUUCUUUGAUGGCCCUUGGUGUCAUUGACAUUGAAUACAAACGAGUGGCUUGCAGUUACCCAAACAAAAACAUAACAAUAAAGAUUGAUGAGAAUAGCAAUGCUCCUCAUUACUUGGCCUUUGUCAUAAGGUUUCAACAAGGCAAAAAUGAUAUCACAGCAGUUCAGCUUUGUGAGACGAAGAACUUCGUGUGUAAGCUAUUAGAUCGAAGCUAUGGUACUGUGUGGACGACAGCAUCGCCACCGAGGGGGCCGUUGUCGUUGAGAAUGUUGCUGACAAAUGAGGAGGGAGACGAGCAGUGGAUUGUCCCCAUUAAUGAUAUUCCUCGUGACUGGAAGGCUGGAGAUAUCUACGACACUGGAGUUCAAGUUAAUUAAAUUCACCAUCAUUCCAUCUUAUAUAUAGAGAAUUUUUCUUCAUGUUUUUUAUUUUAAAAUUUUCUUAUAGUUAUUUUGAUUGGAAAUAAAUUGCUUCACUAGAUGAAAAUUAAAAUUCUUCUUGUUUUUGUUUGAUUGUAGUUUCCCUUUUUCUUUUUUCUUUUUUGGUUUCGAAAUUGGAAUAUUUGGCCGAGUUGUAUUGAAUCAUAUGUGUAAUCAUUCUAUUAUUUGGUUGGGUAUAUGUAAUUUUUAUAACAUAUUUGAGUUCUUGUGGUAUAUAUAAGUGUAUAAGACGUAAAUGUCGAAUUUUAAUUGGCAUCA